UUAUCCUAACAAAGCAAAAAUCAGUCGGCCAAGAUACAUAGUCUUAUAUAUCCUGCCUAUGACGGAAAAAAGAUAUUCUUUAGUCGAAGGACAAAACUUAGAGUGAUAAUUACUAUUUUCUUUACUCUUUCUUUACUCAAUAUUCUAAAUGACUUCAAGCAGCGCGUGAACUUCAAUGCAAGACCCACUAUUGUAGAGACCUUCAGAGCAGGUACAAGCCUUUAUAGCUCCACUUCUCUAUCGAAAGAACAAAAGCAGCACUUAACAGAUGGAUUUAGAAGAGAUAGCCAGCUACUGGGCUCGUUUUCAUAUAUCCUUUUCGUGGGAUUAUCCAGAAGGACUUGACUUACAAGCCGUUCAACAAGCUGUCUUCCACGUUGUUGGUGAAUCAGAUGCUAGAUCUCAAGACCAGCUAGUGGUUGGAAGUGUGCAGUCAGCAGGUGCUGGGGUCAUAUUGACCCAGCCUGUCCCUGUGUCGGACAAUGUCCCAUGCGAAAUGAGCUUUACUGCUCAUCCUAUGUCUGACGAUUUUUGCAUCAAGGAUAUUGUCAUUGUGUCUGAAGCAAGGAAUGUGGAACUGUAUGUGGAUAAUAGCUAUGCAAAAACAGCAAAAGGAAUUAUGCUUACAAUCAAAAAGGGCAGAAAAGUGGCUCUUUUUGAGACAGAGUUUGACCUCUCUGAAUACGUUCAUGGGAAGUGCAAGUGUGCAGUCAAGUUUUUGUCAUUUCCAAAUAUACAUGCACUAAGAAUCCAGACGAUUGUCGUCAAAGUGGCAAAGAAAACACCUUCUCUACAGCAAAGAUCAGAUAUUUCAGCCAUGCAGAGUCUCAUACCUGGUGCUGUUGAUCUAACUGUCGUAAAGGAAUUCAUCAAAACUUCAGGCAAGGAGCUGACACCUGAGGCUGAAAAGCUACUAACAUCAUUGGAACAACUACAACUGGCCAAGAAUGUCCAGUUGCGUCAGUCCCGUCCAAGAUCUCACAGUGUAGACGGACAAAAUAAAUUACACCAGGAUUUUGAGCUGCCUCAACACAGGUUCAGUGUAGCAAGUGAUGGCAGCCUUCUGCAACAGGCUAUUAUCAGGGCACGAGAACUGGAGGAAGAGGAGCAAUACAAUAAAAUGGGGCCAGUUGGGAGCCCAGAAAGUGAUGAUGGAUAUGUGAACAUGUUAGCUGGCUUAAUGAUUAACAAAAACAACCGGCGUGAGAACGGCCCUUUGCCAAUCCACAAUGGAGAGGCAAUCCCCAAUGGUGAUGGGCAUGCUGAUAUGCUUGCCCAAGCACGAUGGGAGGCCUAUGUGCAAAACAGGCUUCGGCCCACUCGACAGGUAGAACAAAGGCCAAGAAAUGCAUCUUUUGUAUGUAGUACUAGUACCCCCAGCCUACAUGUGCAGGGAGGCCAUUGUUAUGAUGAGAGAGAGGCACUCAGACACAACAUGGACUCCCCGCCCUCCCCUCCCUUACCUCAAAAUUCUAAUAAAGUAUCAUCAGCACCUGAACUUGGAUCAAAAUCAAGGUGCGUAUCAUGCGGUUGCCCCGGAUGUCUGUCUGUCUACAACUCCAUAGCAACCACUAUUUAUGCCACUGAGGAAAGAAUCAUGGCAAAAGUCGAGAACAAGAUCCUUCAUCUUCAGCGGCAUAUUGAUUCCCAGUUUGACGCCCUCUAUCAAGCCUUACAAACAAAACCCGAACAUUUUAAUGCUCACAAUCAAGGAGGUUUACCAAGCCGGCGAAGAGGUUCGGCUAAGGUCGGGGAUACUUCGGUGUAACAUCGCGCCAUGGUCGGGGAUUUUUCUGUAUAAUAUCCAUCGCAGUGCUAGACAUUUUUGAAACCAAAAGCUGCUAAACCUAUCAAAGCCUUUAGAGCAAAAUGAAUAUUCGGAAUGAAUUUCUAAAAAAAAGGAAAAAAGGCGUCGAGGAUAUGAGAGCUUCUUAAACGUAAAACCCUAUCGUAAGGAAAUAUAGAGUCAGCAUAGAGUCCAUUCGAACGAGCUUCUAAGCAGAGAAGGCCAAGGGACCCAAAUUGCCAAUAUUUACUAAUUUCAUUCAUAGCUGAAUGUUUCCUGCUUCCGUAUUUCUUUGUCAUUUCUUCUUCUCUCGAAGUCUGUCGCGGACGAUUCGGUUUCCGAGCAUCCGCCGAACGUUUCCGAUGCCGAAUCUUUAUUAUCAGAUUAACUACGAUGUAAACGAUGGCGUAUAAAAUAAGAAUCACGUAAAAGAGAUGGAUAAAGUCAAAACCAAGAAAACUUGGGGGUAUCCUUAAAAAAUCUAAAAAUGUGCGAACAUUCUUCUUAAAGUACUGCUAAACUCGAGCAAUCUGGAUUUUUUAAAAUUGUUUUUAAUAACGCUUUUAAGGAAUAAAUCGUAACCAUUAUGAAUUUUGAA